AUGGAGUAUCCGGGAGGUAAAAAUCAACACUUUCGACACCUACUCUUCUUCGCUUUUCAUCGAGGCCAAAAAGCUGCUGAAGCAGCCCGGGACAUUUGCAGCGUAUAUGGAGAAGGUGUCACAGGCGAGUCUACAGCACGAAAAUGGUUUGCAAAGUUCAAAAAUGGCGAUUUUAACGUCGACGACUCGCCUCGUCGUCCUCGUCGACGAGUACUGGGAAAUGCUCGAAAGGAAUGUCACGGUCACUAA